CCUAAAUGUGGAUUUUGGGAGAGAUUUGAGACCAAGAGUAUCGCUCGGCCUGUUCAACGGACUGUAACCGUAUUCGCAGCUUGGUGUCUCGGAUCGUUUCGUGUCGUGUUGGAGCGUUUUUGCAUGUAAACAAAACAGACCGAGAAACGCUUGAUAGCUCAACGUUAGCUGUCCAAGUCGUUCGUUAGACGUGUUUUAUGUAGAUUUUCACGACCGCACAACACACACAUCACCAUCAAAUGUCACAAGUUAUUGAACUGUUCGGUUAAUUAAUGGCCUGGAGGAAUAAUGCAAAGCUACGAAAUGCUAAGCUAAUUCAGCUAAGAUAUGAUAUAAACACAGGCCUCGCGCUGAAGUUGAACUUCUAAACGGACUUUAUAACUUGUUAGCUUUGCGCCAGGGCCGCACUUCCAGGGCCGUUUUGGAUGAGGAAGUGAACAGAACACAGACAACCCAGGAUAAAGGAACCCAUUUGAUGGGCCAAUCCUCUUUCCUGAACUCCUGGGGCAAAAUCUGAGCAGUGAUCAUGGACGAACAGGAGGUUUUGAACUCAAUCAUGCAGGAUCUGGCUGAACUGCAGCGCUCCAACCGGUCAGCCAUGCCUGAUCUGGGAAAACCUAAAGCCUCGUCCCCCAAGAACCAGAAUGAUGUUCGGGUGAAGUUUGAGUACCGAGGAGAGAAGAGGAUCCUGCAGUUUCCCCGACCUCUCAGGCUGGAUGAUCUAAGUGUCAAAGCUAAAGUGGCAUUUGGUCAAACGAUGGACCUGCACUACACCAAUAAUGAGCUGAUCAUUCCUUUGAGCACCCAAGAUGAUCUGGAUAAGGCUGUGGAGCUGCUGGAUCGCUCUGUUCACAUGAAGAGUCUGAAGAUACUGCUGGUGCUUCCAGCAUCUUCUCAGAACUCUCUCUCCGGUAUGAAUAUGUUGCUGACUCACGAGCAUCUGGACAACACAGACAGGAAGAACAUGCUGGCCCUUAUAGGAUCUCAAUCAACAGACCGCAGCUCUCCUCCUCCAGGCUACAUCCCUGAUGCUCUGCAGCAGGUGGCCAGAAAUGGCUCAUUCACCAGCAUCAACAGCGAGGGAGAGUUCAUCCCUGAGAGCAUGGACCAGAUGCUGGAUCCACUGUCCAUGAGCAGUCCUGAGAAUUCAGCAUCAGGCAGUUGUCCUUCAUUAGAUAGCCCUCUUGACAGUGAUAGCUAUCCUAAAUCACGCAUGCCUCGAGCUCAGAGUUACCCAGACAACCAUCAGGACUUUCCGGAAUGUGACAUUCCAGUGUUUGAGAAGUCAGGGAAAGGUGGUACAUAUCCACGAAGGUACCCUAUUCCCUUUGGUCUGCAGGACUAUAGUGAUGGCCGUAAGACAUUUCCUCGAGCACGGCGAACACAGGGCCACGGCUUCCGCUCACCCAUGAGCUUCAGCCCGACAGACCAGAGCCCGAGCACCAGCAGCGGCAGCAGCAUCUUCUCGCCUGAACUGGAAGAGCCAGGUCGUCGGCGCCGUGGCAGCGACAUCGAACCCAACCCUAGCACCAACCCAACACUCUCUGUCAUGGACAUCAGCCCGCCCAGUCGCUCUCCUCGUGCCCCCACAAACUGGCGCCUGGGAAAGCUGCUGGGUCAGGGAGGAUUUGGUCGAGUCUUCCUCUGUUACGAUGCUGACACGGGCAGAGAACUCGCCGUCAAGCAGGUUCAGUUUGACCCAGACAGCCCAGAGACCAGCAAGGAGGUGAGUGCGUUGGAGUGUGAGAUCCAGCUCCUGAAAAAUCUUUUUCACGAACGCAUAGUCCAGUACUAUGGCUGCCUGCGGGAUACACAUGAAAGAACUCUCUCUAUCUUCAUGGAGUACAUGCCAGGGGGGUCAAUUAAAGACCAACUCAAGUCUUACGGCGCGCUGACAGAAAACGUCACGCGUAAAUACACACGGCAGAUCUUGGAAGGAGUGUGUUACCUGCAUAGCAACAUGAUCGUACACCGAGACAUCAAAGGUGCCAACAUCCUGAGAGAUUCAGCUGGGAACGUGAAGCUAGGCGACUUCGGGGCGAGUCGUCGGCUGCAGACCAUCUGUCUGUCAGGAACGGGUAUAAAGUCAGUGACAGGAACGCCAUACUGGAUGAGCCCAGAGGUCAUUAGUGGAGAGGGCUAUGGAAGGAAAGCUGAUAUAUGGAGUGUUGGCUGCACUGUAGUUGAAAUGCUAACCCAGCGUCCUCCUUGGGCAGAGUUCGAGGCGAUGGCGGCCAUCUUUAAGAUCGCAACCCAACCAACCAACCCUACACUCCCAGCUCAUGUGUCUGACCACUGCCGCGACUUCCUUAAACGCAUUUUUGUGGAAACAAAACAACGGCCAGCUGCUGAGGACUUAUUACGGCAUCUGUUUGUUCACUAACCCCUUGCCCUCGAUCACUGAAUGAUUAGAGACAACCCUAAGUGUCUGCCCUUUUUUACACUUCGCCCAGCCUGCUGUAUAGCUCUCCCAUUGGACCAGAGAGAACGGGGAUGUAGCUUAGCAGAAAGGGGCUUAACACCUCUGUUGGUGGAGGAUAGCAUUUGGGAGCAGCUUGAUUCCGUAUGAAAACAUUGCACCUUAAUUUCACUCAGGGGUAAGUACCCCUAAAGACUAAAGGAGUUUUGUUAUUGUAGAUUUUUCUUUCUUAUGAGUUAUGCGAAUUUGGACUAGGAGACUAAUCUCCAGGCAGUCUCGUCAGCUUCUAUGCUCACGGGAUGAAUCUGAGAGGCUGUCUCUUUCCAACACGACCCAGAAUGUACUGUUAAGCCCAGGAGUGGGCUGGUGUGCCAUCAAGCUGCUAAAAAAAAAACAAAAAAACAGGCAAAUCAAUGGGAAAGAAAAUCAGACCACAGGGUGUUGGGACUCCAGCUUUACUCCUGUAAGUUCUCAUUCUCUUGCACAGUUAGUACAGACACACAAUCACACUUUCAUCAACAUCUAUACUGUAGAUUUUCCCACUCACUAUGCUGUACAAAUAUUAGUUUUUGCUGUAUCUCCCGUCUCCCUCUCACAGUUUAUCAGACAGUGCCACUAUUUUUGAGCUGUAGGGUCAAGCAGGAUAGUGAUUCAUUUGUUUCACGCACAAUCAAUGUUGCUUUUUUGCUUUGUGCCUUUUAGGUAUGUGGAAACAGUUUUGUGAGCCUGUGCUCCCACACCAUGUGAUCACUCAGCUUCAGAUCUUUAAGUCUUCUCCUUUUCUCAUUCACUGCUUUAUUGUCAAACUGACUCCAGGUCAGUUCCUUAAGCACUCCUUUGCCUUCCCGUGACAGUGCCGUAAUCUUCGGUGUAAGCUGAGGUCGUUUUGAUACACGUUUAUUGAUGAAAGCCAAAAUCCCAGAACACACACGCUGGGGAUGGAGCCUAGUGACUAGAAUCGUGUCUUUAAAGGAAAAAUCCACCCUGAAUGACUUGCAUAUUAAUCUUUAAAAUAAACUUGUCUUCGUUUUUUUUUUUUUUUUUUAAAUUACUUUUUAAGUAUUAAGACGUUUCGUUCUCACGAUUCUGUUGAACGUAACGUUUCCCUAAAGGCGGUCAGACAGAUGAGCUUCCAAAGCUUCAACCUUCAUGCUUUCACAGCCAUCAGCACCAACACGUACGGCGUGAACUAGCCGGCUAAUUAACUUCUGCCGGAGCUCAGCACAACCGAGUCAUAUUAUAGCUGCAGUGCAUUCUGUGGCUUUGUGUCCACUGUUUGCAGCAACAACUCCUUUAUUUCUACGCUGAACAUAGCAGGAGAACGGUUAAUGAGGAACGAAGCUCUCACUUUUUCUUCAACCAGACCAUAAAUGUGACCUCAAAGAGCUGCAUAAUCAGCACCACUGUACAAAUUUGAGUCUUUUAUCAUGCUAAGAUAUUUCAAUAGAAACAUAUGUAAUGAUGCUUCAGGGUGGAGUUUUCCUUUAACAGCAGAUCGAAUGUUAUUUAUUUGAAAUAGAUGAACGACUGAAUACACAACAGGAUUCUUUAGAUUACAGUUAAUCCAUAUGCAUUUAAUUGCCAUGUUGUUUGAAGCCAGAAGAAUUCUAUAGUAUUAUUUUUAUUCAAUUUUUUUUUUUUUUAACAGAACCAUGCAAUAUGAAGAAAAAAUAUGAAAUUUUAUUGUUGAUUUGAUUUGUGUUUUUUUUUUUUUAUUCCAUUGUAAAGCAGACCUCAGAACACCCAACGUGAUUCAAGUUCUCAUUAAUACUCAACAGUACUUGACCAUAUUUUUUAUUUAUUUUUUUUUAAACCUGAAACUGACCUCAAAAUCCCACAAAAGUCUUGAGACCCGUAUUAAUAUUUAAAAAAAAAAAUUAAUUUAGAGAUCAUCUUAUGAAUGCGUAACACACGCUUGCACACACUACUGCAGCAUUGGUGUCUUUGCUUGCGUAUUGUUUGCAGACGUGUAAAUCAAUGUUUUGUCAGAUUAGUAAUUUAUAGGAUUGGCAUUUCUGUAACAUUUUCUUAAGUAUCUUUUCCUUUUCAUGUCCCAGGUCUUGGCAAAGCUCUUCGGCAUCAGUGUUUGUUUAACCCGUUUACAAGUGCGCUGAAUUUCCUUAAUGACUUCAGCCUUUUAACAAAGUACGAAAUCUGUUUAGUGUAACGAAGUGAUGUUUUGCCUGUGGGCCGUGACCGAGCUGACCUGAGAUCAUCCUCAUGCAUGGAAAUCUGUGGCCAUGUUUACAUGCAGACAUUUUCACUAAUCCAAACCAAUUAUUUAUCUAUUUAACUUAAACUCAACCCUCUGAUAAGUCUCCUUAUACAUGUGUGUUACAUGCAAUCUCAUCCAAAAUUUUUUCUUGUCACAAUAAUUAUGAGAACCUUUUUAAAUUUAAUCAGUUUUUUUUCCCCUUUCAUUUAGGUUGAAGAUUUUAGUUACGUUAACAUUUGCAUGUAAACAUGGCUCUUGAUCGAUAGUCUAUUUCCCCUUAAUGUACUUGUGUGUGU